AGAAGAGCUGCACGCGGAGGUGAGUCUCACGGAAGAUCAUGAAUGGAUCCUCUCAGAGUCUCGCGGCUGUUACCUGUGCAGAUGAGCCGCUCACACAGCGCGAGCUCUCUGCACAGAGCCGCAUGCUGCCUCUGGAAACUCCACGCAGGAAGUGUGGAGCAGCCCUUCAGAAUAAGAGCGUGAUGGGGGAGCGACAGCUGGUGGAGGAGGUUCUGUCUCUGUGUCUGCAGAGGAUCUCUGUGGAGGAGAGCGUGAUGAGCAGCGAGCAAGAGCUGGUCUCGGUGGUCCGGGGGCUAGAGGGGGGCCGGCGGCGCUGGCUGCAGGCGGAGCUGGAGCUCAGGAAGUACAAAGAGCUGCUGGUGAAGAGCGACGUGGGGAAGGCGGCUCUGGAGGUGAAACUGAAACACACUCGGAACCAGCUGGACGUGGAGAUGAAGAAACGGUACAAGAUCGAGGGGGACUACCACUACCUGCAGCGGCAGAUGCAGCUGAUGUGUGAUAUCCUGGUUCAGGACAGCAGGUCUUCCACCUGUCUGAACGACGAGCAGAAGUCGCUGCUCGCCACCUUCGAACACAAAGCGGGAAACGCCACGCUGCACAGGACCACCAAACGGCUGUGUGUGAUCGAUGAGUCCUCCUUCCUGUCUCACUCCGACAUCAGCUACGACCGCACAGACGACGAUGUGGACCUGGACACCUCAGUGAUCAAACCUCUGAGGUCCCGAGCCCGAGAGAAACGGCGCUCGUCGUUCGGGCCUGGUUCUGGUUCUGGAGCGGGGGACCGGAGGAGAGGACGCAGUGGGAACUUCUCUGUAGAGCCACUGGGGAGGACGUUGGAGCAGGAGGUGGAGACAGUGGUGAAGGCCUCGGUUCAGACCCCUGACUCCGGGGCUCAGAUCCACAUGGUGCUGGGGAUCACCCAGAAGAUCCAGAAGACCCCCCUUCAGCCCCCUCUCACACAGCAGCCCCCACUCACACAGCAGACCCCCCCACUCAAGUCUUUUGUUUCCCCAGAAGGAGAUCAGACCUCCGUCUGGUUCCCCAUUGACGAUACGGUGCUGGAGACGGAACCUGAAUCCAAGAUGGAGGACAGCGCGGCGGUUAGAGUGCCGUACCAAAACCCCCUCGAGAGAACCCUGAAACACGUGUUCCUGUCAAAAACUGUGAUCCGGCCUGAGACCUGUGCACCCUGUGGGAAGAGGAUCCGGUUCGGCAGGAUGGCAGUGAAGUGCAGAACCUGCAGAGCCGUCGCUCAUCCAGAGUGCAAACUGAGGUUCAGCACCAGCUGCUCCACCAGACCUGCUCCGGUGGGGGGGCCAUCAACAAAGAAUUCGUUGGAUGAUUUCGCUCCAGUCGCCCCCCCUCGGGUGCCCCCCGUGGUGGUGGAGUGUGUAGCUGAGAUCGAGAGGAGGGGGCUGCAGGAGAGGGGUCUGUACCGGGUCCCAGGGGCGGAACGAUUGGUGAAGGAGCUCAGGCUGAGGGUCCUGUCGGGGAAGACUCCCCCCCUGGGGAAGGUGCAGGAUGUACAUGUUCUCUGUGGGCUCCUGAAGGACUUCCUGAGAAACCUGAAGGAACCGCUGCUGACAUUCAGACUGCAUCGCACCUUCAUGGAGGCUGCAGUAUUAGAGCUGCAGGAUGAAGAUAAAAGUACUGCAGCCAUGUACCGGGCUCUCUCUGAGCUCCCCCCCGCCCACAGAGACACCUUGGCCUUCCUCAUGCUUCACUUACACAAGGUCAUCCGGAGCCCCCCCUGUCAGAUGGACCAGAACAAUUUGUCCCGGGUCUUUGGACCGACUGUGGUGGGUCACGGGAUGUCAGAACCUUCUCCAACCACCAUCAUGAGGGACACCGGCACACAGCCAAAGGUCGUGGGCAGUCUGUUGUCCCUCCCUGAGGUUUACUGGAGACGAGUCCUCUCGGCCCAGAAGGAGCAGGUCCUGGUCCCUGGGUCGGCCCUCGGUCAGGAGGCCGAUGGACGUGGCCGCUUUUUCCAGCCGCUGACGUCUCCAGAGCUGAACAGCUUCUACAGGAACCCCACCAGAGGAACCCUGAGGGGCCACCCCGGGAAUCCCGGCCCCAGCAACCUAGGAAGAACCGACCCGGGGAGGAAGUUCUUCACCUCGCCUUCAGCCGACCCUCCCUGCUGAAACACACACUGCUGGAGGGACUGGACGUCUGAACAGAAUCGACAUCUCCUGUGUAAUACUGACAUGAAGUUGUGUGUCUGUGUGUGUGUGUGUGUGUGUGUGUGUGUGUGUGUGUGUGUGUGUGUGUGUGUGUGUGUGUGUGUGUGUGUGUGUGUGUGUGUGUGUGUGUGUGUGUGUGUGUGUGUGUGUGUGUGUGUGUGUGUGUGUGUGUGUGUGUGUGUGUG